ACGAUCUUUGCACCCCUAGUUGACCCCCUCUCCAUCCCUAAUCCUCGAAUUCGCGAUGAGUUCGACGACUAUCGACGAUCUGCCAAAGCCCUUGGUUGUACCUCUCUCGCAAGAGCAACUGGAUAGGAUCAAUGCUUUCCUCACCCCCCUCACCCCACAGGAGAUCCUGCAAUGGGCUCUCGAGUACCUCCCGAACCUCUAUCAAACGACCGCGUUUGGAUUGACCGGUCUGGCCGCUACGGACAUGCUCGCGAAGCUGACGCCCCAUCCGCCGCCCCUGAUCUUCAUCGAUACCCUAUACCACUUCCAGGAGACGUACGAGCUCGUGGAGGAGGUGCGAGAACGGUACAAGUCCGUGAUACACAUCUACAAACCGGAAGGCUGCGAGACCGUGAAGGACUUCGAGGCCAAGUACAGCGAGCGGUUAUGGGAAACGGACGAAGAUACCUACGACUUCGUCGUGAAGGUGGAGCCCGCGAGGCGUGCGUACGAAGAACUGAAUGUGCGAUCCGUUAUCACGGGUCGGCGGGCCUCGCAGGGGGGAAGCCGGGCCUCGCUGAGACCGCUGGAGGUGGACGAGACCGGUCUGGUCAAGCUUAAUCCGCUGUUCGCGUGGAACUUUGAGCUGGUCGAGUGGUACAUCAACGAGAACAAGGUGCCGCGGAAUAAGCUGCUCUCCCAGGGCUACAAGAGCAUCGGGGACUGGCACAGCACGGCCAAGUCGGGGGCUGGGGACGCGGGGGAGCGUGCGGGGCGGUGGGCGGGCAAGGCGGAGAAGACGGAGUGCGGGCUGCACAAGGACUACUUUGCGAUGAAGGCAGCGGCGAGGAAGGCGGAGAGGGAGGCGAACAUUACUGGAGGCGAGGCACGGGAAGCGGCGUAGCGGGUUGUUUUACGUUGUUGUUCUGGCACGGCUUGUAUUGUGCUCGAUUUGGGGAAUAGAUUACCAAAUGCGU